AUGGAGGUGGUGAAGGAAACACUUCCAUUUGUGGGCAUGAUAAGUGUGCAGUUUAUACAGGCGGGUCUGGUUAUAGCAGUAAAAGAAGCCGCAUCAAAUGGAAUGACCAAAUAUGCUUUUGUCACCUAUUCAAAUCUGCUUGCUUCCUUCAUUCUUCUCCCUCUUUCCUUUCUUCUUCAAAGAUCAAAUCUUCCCCGGAUGAAUUGGUCUCUUCUCUGGAGCUUCUUCUUGCUUGGAGCUGUUGGCUGCUUGAUGCAAGUGAUGGGCAAUGCCGGAGUACAAAUCACUCCGGCUUCAUUUUCCACGUCCAUGCUCACUCUCAUCCCCGCUUUUACUUUUAUACUCGCAGUCAUCUUCAGGAUGGAACAAGCGGAUCUUAAGAGCAGAAGCACGUUGGCUAAAUCCAUGGGAACUGUGGUGUUGAUUAUAGGGGCUCUUAUCUUAACUCUAUACAAGGGUCCUUCCCUUCUAAUGGUGGUGCCACCAUCCAAGAGCUAUGACUACGUUAUGGGAGGAUUUCUCUUCACUGUUGUCUGUCUGGCUGCCUCUGCCUUUAAUAUCAUGCAGGCAUUCCUUCUCAAGAGAUGCAAGGCUGAACUUAUAAUUGUCUUCUUCUAUUGCUUCUUUUCUGCAAUCUUGUCUGUCAUUGUUUCCUUCCUCGUCGGAGACAACUUAGCAGGAUGGAGCUUGCAGUCUAGUGAGAAACUUAUUUAUGUUCUUUACUCUGGGAUUAUCGGGGCAGCUGUCCAAAUGAGUGUCGUGUUGUGGUGUCUGCACCAGAAGGGACCUUUGUUUAUUUGCGUGUUUAAUCCUCUGGGAAUCAUUAUUACAACUUUUGUCGAUAUUAUCUUCUUGGGUGACACCCUACACAUGGGAAGUUUGGUGGGUUCGAUAGUUACUGUCAUAGGAUUCUAUUGUGUCAUGUGGGGAAAAGCAAAUGAGAGGAAGAAGGACGGCAUUAAUGGAGGUAAAAGCUUGGAAACCAACAACAGUGAUCAAAGGGCUCCAUUGCUGAAAAAUGACGGCAAAGAAGAGAGUAUUAAUGCUCCUGUUUAG